AUGAUGAAGAGAAAGGCUGAGAAACAGCAGGCGGCAGCUCCGCUCAGUGCAGUCGCCGCGCGCAAAGCUCGAAUGCAACAGACCCAGACAACCGUCACAACAGAUACUACUACGCAUACGGAACCUGCCGGGGAACCACCGUCUAAAAGACCGCGACGCUCACUGGAAGAAUCCCAGUCGCAAUCGACGUCUGAGAGACAACGUACGACACGAGCCACGAAGCGGGCGGCAGUGAACGCUGAGAAAGUGCAGCAAAAGGUUGAGAAUGGAACAAGGGAACCUCGCUCGAAGAAAACAACUGUCGAGGUUGAAGACCGCGGAAGCCAGACGUCUAGCGAAGAGGAAGAGGAAGACGACGAUGCAGUGGAGGAGAAUGCGGCUGGUGUGAUGGCUGUUCCUGAGGGGACCGAGGAUGGUUAUGAAUCUCCCGCCGAUACGCCAUCACUCACGAUGGAGUUUCCGCUUUCGAAGAUGCGAUUGAACAAGAGCAAUAUCGUUUACAGCGAUGAGCAUACCCUCUGCGUUCGCAUCCGCGAGAAGAUGAGCAUUGUGAUGAUCGGGCAUUAUGACCUCUGGGUGAAACGCGGACUCGUGAGCUUGAUGGGUGCCAAGUUACACCCCUCACCUCGAGUUUACCGGGUCUAUGCUCCCUCAACACAUUCGCUUCCUGUGAUUAAAUGCAUCACUGGUGUGGAUGGUGCGGCGGAAGUCGAGUUCAAGUCAUGCCAUAGCGGACUCACCCGUCUAAGGGACAUGUCGCCUUUGUACCAGCGGGUGUGGAAUAGCGGAAACUCUCCAGCGGACAAGCUCAGCCUGAAAACAGUCAGGCAGGACGUGCGGAGGACGUUCUCUGUGCUCCAUACGUCUUCCGACGAUUCAUUGAACCGGCAUCUCCGUCCGCUGCACUUGGAAAAGCAAUGGAGUGCCGCCAUAAAAGUCCUGUCGCAACGAUCUGGCCGACUACAAGCACUGAUUUGCGGUCCGAAGGCGUCAGGAAAAUCUACGUUUGGUCGUUACCUGCUUAACCACCUGCUCAGCCCGGCACCGCAGACAGAGACCAACUACCACAACACCGAUGGUGUCGCUUUCCUCGACCUCGACCCAGGCCAGCCGGAAUUCUCACCUAUGGGACAGGUGUAUCUCGCUCAUCUUCGCACUCCUGUCUUCGGCCCGCCAUUCACGCAUCCGUCCCUGGAUAACGAGCGCGACGGGUCAAUCGUCCGAGCCCACCAUAUCGGUGCAUCGUCGCCCAAGGAAGACCCUGACCACUACGUCCUAGCCAUCACAAACCUCAUGGAGCAGUACCACGCUCUGCUAGCGACAUACCCCCAAUGCCCUCUCAUCAUCAACUACCCCGGCUGGAUCUUCGGCCUCGGCCUAGAAGUCGCCACCUAUCUAAUCAAAACCCUCGGUCUCUCCGACGUCGUGUACAUGAGCGAGAAGGGUCCAAUGGAGGUCGUAGAACCUCUCAGCCAGGCCGCAAGCGUGUCCAAAACACCGCUGACAAUCCUGCCCUCCCAACCCACGGAAUUUGUGAGCCGGUCCAGCGCCCAGCUCCGCUCAAUGCAAAUGCAGUCCUACUUCCACAUGUCCCAGCCAAAGGGCAUAAAUUACCCCAUGUGGCUCGAGACACCGGUCUUCAAGAACCGCCCGUUCCGCAUUCAAUACUCCGGGCCUAACCGCGGUAUCCACGGUAUCAUGACCCUAGGCUCACAGAUCAGCUCCGAUCUCCUCUGCGAGAGCCUCGAGGGCGCAAUCGUUGGCGUCGUCGCAGUCGAAUCUCCAAACGCCCUCCCGUCUCAACCAGACACACAGAACAUCACUGAAAACAACCCCAACGCCGGCGACGAAGAAGAAGAAUCCACCUCCGACAUCGACAUGGACGCCGACACAGACGUAGAAAACACCACCGCCGCCACCUCCACCUCAAUAACAACCGCCCUCACCCGCCUAACAACCCCCACCAAAGAAUCCCUCCCCUACCUAACCACCGGCCCGGGAAGCGACACACCCCUCCACCCAACCUCCUCCCACAGCCUAGGGCUAGCACUCAUCCGCUCCAUAAACACCACAACGCAAACCCUGGACCUCCUGACCCCGAUCCCGCCAGCCCGACUUGCCCAAUCCCUUGAACAGGGCCACGCGCUUGUCCUUGUCCGCGGCGCCCUCGAUAACCCCAAUUGGGCGGUUAGCGAGGAGUACUAUGCGGCUAGGGCUGAGGAGAGGAGAUUCCGGCGCGGGCUGCGAAGUAGGAAUAGCAAUAACCAGGAUGGGGAUGAGGGUGAGGAUGGUUUAGAUGAGGACGAGAAGAAGAGGAUGCACGCCCUGCUGAAAGAGCGGAUCCGGAGGGCAAAGGACGUGCCGUUUAUGACUGUUGUUGAGGACCAUGGGAGGCGGAGGCAGGAUGAGGCGCGGGCGCAGAGGGCGCUGUGGAAGUUGAGGAAGAAGGCUGGGCCUGAGAGUGAGAGUGAGGUUGGGUAUUGA